GAGCUGAGUGUUAGAGUUGGUAGAGGUUAGCGCACCUCAACCAAAGGAGGAGUGUAACACGUUUCAGUCAAGAGAUGCGUCACUAGUACCUCCAUGUGAAAGCACAUGUUGAGAUGAGCACAAACCUGGUCUAUACAGGCCGCAACCACGACAGCUCGAGAGUGAGUGAAAGGGAAGAGCUGUGUUAGAUUUUUUGAAUACAUCAGCGCCACGAAAAAUCCGUCGGGCUGUUUCAGACCCGUACCUUGUUUUCAUUGACGCAGGCUAUGAACCAGGUUCUGAUUCAUGGCCUUGUGGGAUUGGAGGAAUCCUGUUUUACCCAACUGGGACACCCCUGCAAGCAUUCUCCUUUUGUCUCAACAGUCAAAUGAUGAAAACCCUGGGAUCUGAUCGUAAACAAACCAUCAUUUUUGAAGUUGAGCUUCUGCUGCCAAGGUUUGGUCAAAUAUCCUAGUUGACUCACCAGUUACUUUCUUUGUGGACAACAACUCUGCGCGCGACGUCGCAAUCUCGGAUUGUGGUCGAUCUGUGGUAGUAAGCAGGCUCAUUGAGCACCUCCUGAUCACCGAAGUUGCGUCCGCCACUUUCCUUGGUUCGCCAGAGUGCCAUCGCCUUCUAAUCCUUCAGAUGCUCCUUCAAGAGGAAACUGCGCUGAACUUUUGGGAACUGGCGUCCCUUUCGUUCCUGUUGAGAGCGUGGUCCAAGAUAUCCUCUCUUCUCUGGGUAAUAAGUAAUCGGGUGAAUGGGGGUGAGCGUAAAUCCCUUUUGCUUGGAGAUGAUGCGUGAGGUUCGAGCAUUUCAAAAAAAACAUGAAAAUCCUCCUCAACAGCUACUUUGCCACGGCUGGGUGCCUGGCCUUUCGAAGGUAGGUGCACAGGUUGAUGAGGUUGAUUCAAAUGUGAUUCCCAAUUCCCAUUGUCACCGCGAGAAAGAAAAAGAGUGCGUUCUUCUCGCUUCAGUGGAGUUUUCUUGUGGUCGAGUUUGCGCUAAAAAUUGCAGGCGUUCGCGUAAAUCCCGUUUGCUUGGAGAUGAUGCGUGAGGUUCGAGCAUUUCAAAAGAAGCAUGAAAAUCCUCUUCAUCAGCUACUUUGCCACGGCUGGAUGCCUGGCCCUUCGAAGGUAGGUGCACAGGUUGAUGAGGUUGAUUCAAAUGUGAUUCCCAAUUCCCAUUGUCACCGCGAGAAAGAAAAAGAGUGCGUUCUUCUCGCUUCAGUGGAGUUUUCUUGUGGUCGAAUUUGCGCUAAAAACUGCAGGCGUUUAGGGGUAGGAAAUAAGUGGCACUACCUCACUGCCCACGACUUAGGCUACCGGAUUCUUGGAGAUCGGAAAAGGUGCGUUCGAGAACGCACCAGACGGCAUUUGUUUGAAGGGGAAUUUUCCCUGCACCUCGUUUGUUUUUGCUUCGCCUGGCUACCAGUUCUCUCACUGAGAAUCAACCAUGAUUUGUAUGAAUUGAAUAUCUGGAAAACUUGCACGUGGAGCCUGUGAAAAACAAAAAGGGAUGAAACAACUUAUGCUGAAAAACAUGUUUGCUUGACUCACACAACAUGUCCGACAUGCAAAAACUGCGAAUGAACGGC